CCGGACCAAGCUGCACAGGGCGUGGUAAACCAUGGACCUGGACGACGAGAUGAUGCCCUACUCCCCCUCCGCCGACUCCUCGCCGUCAUCCUCCGACCUUGACACCGAGUCGACGGGGUCCUUCUUCCCGGACCGGAGCACGACGCUGGGGACGCUGAUGGGCGUGUCGGCGUUCGGCGGCGGGCAGCGAAGGUCGACGAGGGCCCCGCCGGGGGAGAUGGGCGAGGGGCCGACGCGGGCGCCGCCGGAGGAGGAGGGAGAGGGGAGGCGCGCGGGCGGGCGGCGGCGGCGGCGGAGACGGCGCCGGGGCGGGAGCUGGUGGCGGCUGUGCCGCGACGACACAGGCGGGCCGCCCACGAGGCUGGGCGAGUUCCUGGACAUGGAGCGGCAGCUCGCCGGCGCCGACUUCCUGUGCGACGGCGGCGGUGGACCACAGGUGCUGCCCGAGGCGGCAUCCGUUGCGGCGACGGCGCUGUUCGAGGACGGGAGGGUGCGCCCGCCGCAGCAGCGGACUGCUCCGCCGGAGGAAAGGGGAAGAUGGCGCCUGCAGCGGUCAGGGGAGGCGUCGUCAUCGCUUGCCAGGCUCCCGGUGCUGCUCACCGGCAUCUGCAGCGGCGGAGCGGGGUAGGGCCGGGCAGGCGCAUCGCAAUUUACACUCUGUCGAGGGACGUUUGCGUGAAAACGGACUGAAGAAAUCUUCUUUUCUUCUCCCCAUGGACUCCUUUCCCUGCCCGAUUCUUUUCUUCUUCGUUGAUUGUUGUGCUCGCUUUGGUCCCUCUGAGCCAAUAGUACAAAACUCGCUUGAUUCCUCUC